CCCACGCUGGGGGUGAGGAGUUUACUCCAAGCACGGAGGCUCUCCGGGGGAGCUUCGGCUGCUGCUCACCCGCUGCCAGAGCUUCCCCCGGGCCCCUUCGCCGCUGGGAAACUGAGGCACGGAGCGAGGCUUGCCCCGGCCCUGGGAGGGAGCGGGGCUGCCCGAGUGGGGCCCCCCUUACCCGGCGGCGGCUCCGGGAGCCUCUUCCCCGCCUCCAGCCCGCCCCGCCGGGCUUGCCGGGACCGGGGGUGACGGUCGGGACCCCGGGGCGCCUGCGCGGCUGUCCCCCCUCUACACCCCGCUCCUGCCUCAGUUUCCCCUGCGGUGGCCGGACGGGGCGGCCCCUCCCGGUCCCCGCCCCAGCCCCGCUGCCGGCCCCCGCGUCGGCGCCGCGCAGCGCCCGCGACCGCCGGGCCAUGGAGCUCAUCGAGCUGCGAGAGCUGCAGCCGGAGCCGCGGCCGGCCCGGGGCCGCCUGGAACGGACCAACGCGUUGCGCAUCAGCCCGGCCCGACGGCCCGGCCCCGGCACGCACCCCGACCCGCGACUGACGGCGGCACCGGGCGCCGGGCACCGCUUCGAGCCCCGGCGCCGCGGGCUCCACACCUGGUGCGACCUCUGCGGGGACUUCGUCUGGGGCGGCGGCAGGAAGAGCCUCCAGUGCCGCCACUGCAGCUUCAUCUGCCACUACCGGUGCCGGGCCUUGGUGCGGCUGGACUGCAGCGGCCCCCCGAGCACCAGCGAUGAGGACGAUGGCAACGAGCAGGCACUGGAGAAGGACACCAACGUGGAUGAGCCUAGUGAGUGGGAGAAGGCAGAGCUGGACCAGGCACAGGUGGAGCAGCGGAUCAAGGAGUACAACAGCCAAAUCAACAGCAACCUCUUCAUGAGCCUGAACAAGGAUGGCUCCUACACUGGCUUUAUCAAGGUGCAGCUGAAGCUGGUGCGCCCUGUCUCGGUGCCGGCCACCAAGCGGGUCCCCUCCCUGCAGGCAGGGCGGAUGGGGCCGCACACCCAGGGGGUGAAGCGCCGCACAUCCUUCUACCUGCCCAAGGGGACUGUCAAGCACCUGCACAUCCUCUCGCACACCCGUGCCAGCGAGGUCAUCGAUGCCCUCCUCCGCAAGUUCACCGUUGUGGAUAACCCCCACAAGUUCGCCCUCUUCGAGAGGUCUGAGAAGGAUGAGCAAGUGUACCUGCGGAAGCUGGCUGACGAGGAGCAGCCGCUGCGGCUGCGGCUGCUGGCUGGCCCCAGCGAGAAGGUGCUCAGUUUCAUCCUGAAGGAGAAUGAGACUGGGGAGGUGAAUUGGGACGCCUUCACACUGCCGGAGCUGCACAACUUCCUGCGCAUCCUGCAGCGGGAGGAGGAGGAGCACGUGCGCCGGCUGCGGCACCGCUAUGCCCGCUGCCGCCAGAAGAUGCAAGAGGCACUGGCCACACGCACACCAGGGUGACCACCAUGCCACCCGUGCCCGUGGCCAGCCAGCGCGCCGGGACCCUCGCCUGCCGGCGGGUGGGGGCACAAGGCAGGGGGGGUGGAAGGGGGCACCCCGGGACCCACCGGGCCGACACAACCCCCGUGGGGCUGGCCCGGGGAGUGGGGUCCCCGGGGAGAACGAGUGUCCCCGGGGGAGUGGGUGUGCCCAGGGGGGCGAGUGUCCCCGGGGGUAGGCGGGGUGGCGAGCACCAAUAAAGGCAUCUUGGUGACGA